CACGAAAUUCACAUCUGAUUGUCAAAAAAAAAAAUUUGUUUUCUGUUAAAAAUGUCUAAGAUAAGCUUAAAUGAACAAUUAGUAGACUAUUUAAUAGACGAAGCUGCGGAAGAGAUUGUCUUUAAAGAAGAUAUGGAAUGUAAUGAUGACGCAGUGGAAGAAGUUUUAGAUGAGCUGGCAGAAAAUUUAUAUGUUCUAAUGGAGUGCCGUCGAGCAUUUUUUUGCGCAGUACCUAAGUCGGAUAUUUGGCGUGAUAAUAUUUUAUCAACGUUGGAUGAGGUUAGAUUCCGGCAAAUGCUAAGAGUUGAUAGAAAGCAAUUCGCGAUGUUGUGCGACUUAAUAAGGAAUAAUGCAGAGUUUACAAAGGCCCAUUCUUGUAAACAAUUUUCUGUCGAAUUACAACUAGCAGUAGUACUUUACCGUCUGGGCUCGUCAGGAGAAAGCGCAUGCUUCAGGAAAAUUGCAACUAUAUUCGGGUUGGGAGAUGGAGGAACCAUAACGAUAAUAACGAAGAGAAUCUUCAAAGCAUUAUUAUACCUUCAACCGGAAUAUAUUUACUGGCCAGAAGAGACUGAACGAUCCCAAAUAGUAGCGGAUACAUUUGACGAGCUCCCUUUUUGCAUUGGGUAUAUUGAUGGAAUUGAGAUAAAAUUAGCAGAAUCACCAAUCAAAAAUAAGACGUUGUACUAUUCUAAGAAUCACAUAUAUUCAAUAAAAGCACAAAUAGUUUGCGACUACAACAGUAAAAUUCGACAUGUAGUAGUUGGGCACCCUGGAAGCUGUCAUGAUGCCCAAAUUUAUAGAAAUAGCUCACUCUUUAAACAAAAAGAGCGGUAUUUUUCCUCACAUCAAUGGUUAGCAGGUGAUUCAGCAUACCCAUUAUCAGGUACAUUAAUUACUCCUUACCGUAGUAACGAGCGACAGCUUAACAAAAAUGCCCAUAUCGCUUUCAAUUUACGGCAUAGCAAAUACAGGGCUAGAGUGAAGCACUGUUUUGGAGCCUUAGAAGAAAGAUUUGGGAGCCUUAAACAACUUCGAAUGCGUCUUGCCAACAAAGAUAGUCAUAAAUUGUGUUGCGACUGGUUUCUUGUUUGCUGUGUUCUCCAUAACAUUUUAAUAAAUGAUUGCUCAUGUUCAAAUGAAACAAGUUUAUUUCAAGAAACCGCUACAGAAGAUUCUAGUGAUACUGAAGAUAAUUUUUCUAAUAAUUCUGGUGAAAUGAAAAGACAAGCCAUAUAUUCAUUAAUGUUUUCUUAAUUGAAUUUAUUUACUAAAGAAAUCCAAUAUGUAUUUUUAUAGUACAAAAUUUUUUAUUUCUGAAAAAUAAGUAAAUUCAUUUAUACAUAUAACAAAAACUAAAAAAUAAACUAAAAUUAAAAAUUAAA